AUGGGGCUGCCUCGGAGGGCCGGGGACCCGGCGGAGCUGCGUAAGAGCCUGAAGCCGCUGCUGGAGAAGCGCCGCCGCGCGCGCAUCAACGAGAGCCUGAGGCAACUCAAGGGGCUCAUCCUGCCGCUGCUCGGCAGGGAGAGUUCCCGCUACUCGAAGCUGGAGAAGGCUGACAUCCUGGAAAUGACCGUGCGCUUCCUGCAGGAGCUGCCUGCGUCCUCCUGCCCGGGGACAGCGCCCACGCCCUCCGACAGCUACCGUGAGGGCUACCGAGCCUGCCUGGCGCGCCUGAUCCGCGUGGUGCCCGCCUGCCGCGUCCUGGAUCCCGCCGUCAGCUCUCGCUUGCUGGAGCACCUGCGGCGGAGGGCAGCCGGCGCCACCCCUGACGGCGGGCCUGCUCGGGACUCCUGCGGCGCGCCCUCGCCUUCCCCGCCUCCCGCCCCCGUGCCUUCGCCGCCUGCACCACCCUGCGACCCUGGCCUCUGGCGGCCCUGGUAGCCCCCUGGCUGGUCCACCGACCCUGCUGACUGCGAGGCACCCGGAGGCUGGGCAGACUGAGGAAGCUCUUGGUGGCUCACACCGCGAGGGAUCAGCCCAGCAGCCCACAGCCAGGCCAGAGUCUGGUGUUUGUGAUCUUUGUGGCUGAUUGGAAGGCCAGCGGGACUCAGCUGAGGACAUAAGGGGAGAGGCCUUGCCUCACCCCCAACUUGGAGGUAUCUGGGCUGGAGAAGAAGGGGCAGGUGGCUGCAGGGGAGGAUGAAGCCCCCAUCCCCGUUGCAGAAGUGGCUCUAGGACUGGGCUGGCCACAGCCAACACACCUGCCCCAGUGCUGGCACCAACCCAAGGGCUGAGCCAGGAGCUCACCUGAGCCAAGUGCUGCCAGCCAUCUGCUCUGAUGGUCACUGCCCUCCCAGCCCUUCCUGGGCCUGCCUCCUCGCCAGCUUUGCUUGGGAACCUCUGGGCACACAGAAGCAAUGACCUGGGGCUCUGCAGGCCGGGGAGCCAUCACUUCCACUCCUGAGCUCUCCUGCCUGAAGUCUCCAAUCAAAGGGACUGGAUGCAGCCAGGACUCCCGUGUCACUGAAGGCGGGGCCUUUGCUAGGUGGUCUUGGGGAGGAUUUAUUUCCCCAAGCAUUAAUUUAACAGGUUUGAGGAAAGGGUGGGACAAGAAUGAGGUUGCCCUGUGACCUCAAGGAGGCCCACACAGAGACAGUGCCAAUGUGAGGUGAGCAGGGCCCAUGUCACGGAGCAGCAGAAAUUCAAAGGAUGACAGCAGGUUCAGGACCAGGAAACACCUUUCCUCGUUUUGUCGCAAACUGCUCCCUGCUACUCUUUGGGAUAAGUUACUGGAAGCGAAUUGUUCUUAAGACAUUUCUUUCUUCCCCUUGGAAGCCAGGAGAGCCUGUGAAGACUCAGAAAGGGGAUCCCAGUAGUGGAUGCCCCAGAGAAGGUGGAGCACCCCUGUCAGUCGUGUUCCCACCAUUUCAUGGGGAUUCGCUGGGCAUUCUUCGGAGAGUGGGAGUCAUCUUCCCAGUGUCUAGUCCAACAGCCUGUGUGAGGGACCAGGGCACUAGCGACAAGAGGACAGAGCUGGUGGAGGUGGAGGGCACUAAACCCAUGAUGACCUUGGCACUGAUUUUGAUGGCAGCAUAUGGGGAAACAGUGGGUGUUACCGAAUAAGUCACUGUUAAGACUUAACAACAGGAUGAAUGAGCCCCCACCAAGGUGUCCUGUCUACCCCCUCUCUGGGCCAGCUGGCAGGACUGUAAGCUGCUGGAGGGCAGGCUGGGGCUGAGUGCACCUCUGUGUAGCCAAGGCACUCUGUGUAUCCAUGCAAUGAGUGCUCAGGAAAUACAGUGGGCUAAUGAAUGGGUGAUGUGACCAGACCAUGAUGUACUAAGCCCUCGACAGUCUAGGCUUUGCCUCAACUCGCACCUCCCAGGCUGCUAAUAUCAUUUUGAAUAUCUGCUCCACCGGGGCCUGCGCUCCUGGGAGGACCAAAGUGGGGGAGGGUUUGGAGAUCAGUAAAGGCAGUUUCUGCUCACUUUUGCCUGUUCCUGAGAAUACUUGAAGGCUGGUGACUGCUCUGCUGAGCUGCCAGGAGCGAGGAGAGAAGGAGGGGCAGGUAACCCAUAAGCCCACGCCCGCAUGUGAGUUGGAGUUUCCUCAUUGAAUCAAGGACUGCACAUCUGGCAUUCAUUGGGCUGGCUCCUUGACCCUAUAAAUAAGAACUUUCAAAAUAGGUUUCAACUCUGUAAGAAUAGACCAUUCAGAGGCUCCUCGGCCAUAUCUGCCACUUCUUGCUUCUGAGGUCCCUGGCUCUAUGACUCUCAUUGACCUGACCCCAACCAAGCUAUAAUGCAAGCAGGCAGGGAGGGUGUGUGUAGAUAGGUCAGUGACUCACAGGGUCAGGCAUUCUGGGGCACCUGAGCCUCACCGUCAGCUGGGCCCUGGCAGGAAGCUGAGACAGGCCCAGACGGGUGAGGUUCUGGGCCUGAGGCGAGAAGCCAGCUUCCCAGCAGGGAUGUGCAAGAGCUGCCCAGAAGGUCUCAGCUGGUACUUGGGGCUGGGCUUGUGAAAUCGGGAUGCCAACAUCCUCCUCCACAGGGCACCUACAGACACCUCCUCCUGGCAGCUCCCCCGGUAUUCCCAGAACACUGUCUGAUGGCGAAAGGUGAGCAGGGCAGUGCAGGCUUUUUCCUUGUGGGAGGGAGGCUGCCUCACUCAGAGGGACAUCUCAUGGUCCUUAACAAGGCCCACAUUGUGCCUAGUGGCCAGUUCUUGCGAUACCCUUUCUGCAACGGUCCCACGACUGCCUCUGACUCUGUCUGGUUAUCACGCUUGGUUGGAGAAAGGGACCCCAUGUCCCUCAAACCCGUGGGUGAAAUGAUCCAGUGACCCAAGGACAACCAGAGUACUGAGCUGUCUGGGAGACUCAGGCCGGGGCCAGGUCCCACCCGUUCCCCUGGCAACAGUUAAUACGGAGAAGUCAAAUCUCUUUGAUGAUCGAUGAUAAAGAGCGGGUUGCUUAGGACGCCUCCUCUAAUAGACAUUUCCUAACUGCUCUGCUCCGCCUGUGAAGCCCGGGCUCUGCAGCUGAGUCUCCCACUGGUUUAUCUGCAACAGCAGCAGAAUGAACA